UGUGUGUGUGUGUGUGUGUGAGUGUGUUACACUGAUUGACAGGGACAGACUGCUGCAGCAGCUGAGUCUCAGCCCAGAUACAGGACAAAGGUUGUUGCUAAUAAUACUCGUGAAAACACACAGACACACAACAUUGUCACGCCGUUGUUCACACUUGAUUUGGGACUUUUCCGUAACACUGGUUCUGUUGGCGCCGGCCAGCUUUCUCUCAACCUCUAAAUGAGUCAUAAACAUACCCACACUAACGCCAAGGAGCCCAUGUCAUUGGUGCAACCUCCCAGCAGGAGCAACGGGACACCUUCAAGGCCCAGGGUGAGAACAGAGGGCUGGAGGGCGGGUGGUGCGUGAGUGACGGAGAACACACAGUGACAGCAGGAGAUAGCUCCAUCGGUCGAGGUAUUUGACGUCUCUCAGCGGCGGCCAUCGCUGACUGAAACACCAAAGCCCGUUGCAUUUCGGGCAGAAGCGCUCCGGAGGAGACGAGAGAGGAAGAGGGUGGGGACACCGGCUCUAUGAGAGAGGACAAAAAGCUCAAUCCGACUUUCUGCAGCGGCGAGAAACACCCGCCGAGCGACCGCUGCGGGUGUUUGGUUGCCUUGUUUAGCCGUCACCUAACUCCUGUGCACCGAAACUCUACCAGAAGAUACCGGCAGGACCGAGUCAGGAGGAGGAGCGCCUGCCGGAUUGGAGAACCUCCUGGUGGGGGUUCACAGUGUGCACGUAUUUGCAGUCCGUGGAAUGCUAGAGGCCAGCUGUCUUUUCCUUCCUGUGUCAUACAGCACGCGCUACGCCAGUGGACUUCCACUAUUUGUUACUACUCGGACAGCGUUUUGGGAUUCCUGGAUCCGGAUUUGACCUCCAUCUUUGCACCAAUGGUUCCACUCUCAAGCUUUGAAAAGAUGAGUUCAGUUUGUUGAGAUUGAUCGAUCUCGACCAUUCGGACCUCAUUGAAUUGUUCUGUUAUGCGAUAUAAAUCCAAGGCGUCAACAAAGUGCAUUCUAUACCGGAUUACAGAUUUAGCACGUGCUAUUUCGUCUGAGGUGGAUAAUCUACACAAACACGCCGCUGCAGAGCCAGCAGCAGUGCACUUUCACUCAGUGACGUGAAGUUGAGUUGAGAUCUGGUCAGAGGUUUGGAUCUGGGUCCAGAUGUUCCUCAACACGAUGCUGGUGGUCCUGACGGACCUGGCGGCCGGGCUCCUGGGUAGCACCGCCUUCCGGAAGCACUUCCACCUGUUGCUGUCAGCGGUGGUGAUGUUCGGCCCGGCACUGAGCUUCUGGGUCUCCCAGCACAGCGUCUUUGCCAAGAGAAGCCACUUCCUCUACAGGAUGUUCCUUCGCUCCGGUUGGGGCUGGACCUGCGUCUUCGUGGGCUCCUUCGUCUUCCUCCUCUCCUUCUCCGUGCGUCGCUCCCUCUCUCUCUCCGUCCGCCACCUCUCCCGUCUCGUGGCGGCCGGCGGGCUGUGGCUCGGCUUCUGUAAACUCCUGGACCUCCUGGAGAACGCCACCGGCAGCUGCUACGAGCCUCUGCCCGGCGGGCCGGAGGUCGCCGGCGGGCAGCCUCUGCUGGUGCUGCGAGAAGGGGAGAGCAAGUCCGUGUGCCUCAGGGCCGGGAUGCUGUGGAGGGGGUACGAGGUCUCAGAAGACGUCUUCCUCCUCUGUCUGUGCUGCCUGCUGCUGGCGGAGGAAGCCGCCGUGUUCGGCCCGUAUCUGAGCCUGGGGGGGACCUCGGGGGCCCCUCUGAGGAUCCUCUUCCUGUUCUGUGUUCUCCUGCUCUGGCUCUGGCUCUUCCUGCUGCUCUGUCUCUUGGCUUACUUCCCUCAGUUCCCCACUCAGCUACUAGGGGGCGCUCUGGGGUGCCUGAGCUGGAGGGGACUGUACCAGGGCUGGUAUUGCCAGGGGCCCAGCUGGCAUUGCCCCGGGAGGCCCGGACUGGGACUGCUCAACACCAAGACCGGCAGUACUGGAGCAGAGGAGGACCAACAGAGCCUCAAUGACUGAAACUGAAACUUAACAAUGACACAGAUGCGUCUGCGAGGUUGUCUGGAGGCGACGAGGAUGACCUGUCCGUUUGCGUCAGUAACCGUGAGACCAGAUGUCCUGACGGCGCUUGGAACAAACAAAUGGACUUCCAAAAAUGAAUCACAAUUAUUAUUAUUUUAAUGUAAGCAAAUGCAGCAAAUACAUGCUAUAGUUAUCAAAAGGCUUAGGACGUCAUGACAGGGAGGCCAGUACACAUGGGCACGUGAGGAGCCGGUGGCCCCGGGCCCCCGGGCUCCUUCCUCCACCGGAGAGACUCAGACUUUAAAGCUGUUACGCCUCUUUUCUGUUGUCGGUUGUAUUUCCCUAGUUUUGUGUCUUUUUGUCGUUGUGUUGUGUCUCUUUGUCGUUGUUUUGUGUCUCUCUGUAGUUGUUUUGUGCCUCUGUCGUUGUUUUGUGCCUCUGUAGUUGUUGUGUGCCUCUGUAGUUGUUUUGUGUCUCUCUGUAGUUGUUUUGUGCCUCUGUCGUUGUUUUGUGCCUCUGUAGUUGUUUUGUGUCUCUUUGUAGUUGUUUUGUGUCUCUUUGUAGUUGUCUUGUGUCUCUGUAGUUGUUUUGUGCCUCUGUAGUUGUUUUGUGUCUCUGUAGUUGUCUUGUGUCUCUGUAGUUGUUUUGUGCCUCUGUAGUUGUUUUGUGCCUCUUUGUAGUUCUUUUGUGCCUCUGUAGUUCUUUUGUGCCUCUGUAGUUGUUUUGUGCCUCUUUGUAGUUGUUUUGUGCCUCUUUGUAGUUGUUUUGUGCCUCUUUGUAGUUGUGUUGUGUCUCUGUAGUUGUUUUGUGUCUCUGUAGUUGUUUUGUGUCUCUUUGUAGUUGUUUUGUGCCUCUGUAGUUGUUUUGUGUCUCUUUGUAGUUGUUUUAUGCCUCUGUAGUUGUUUUGUGUCUCUGUAGUUGUUUUGUGUCUCUUUGUAGUUGUUUUGUGCCUCUGUAGUUGUUUUGUGUCUCUUUGUAGUUGUUUUGUCUCUCUGUAGUUGUUUUGUGCCUCUUUGUAGUUGUUUUGUGUCUCUGUAGUUGUUUUGUGUCUCUUUGUAGUUGUGUUGUGUCUCUGUAGUUGUGUUGUGUCUCUCUGUCGUUGUGUUGUGUCUCUCUGUAGUUGUUUUGUGUCUCUUUGUAGUUGUGUCUCUCUGUAGUUGUUUUGUGCCUCUUUGUAGUUGUUUUGUGUCUCUGUAGUUGUUUUGUGUCUCUUUGUAGUUGUUUUGUGCCUCUGUAGUUGUUUUGUGUCUCUUUGUAGUUGUUUUGUGUCUCUUUGUAGUUGUUUUGUGCCUCUGUAGUUGUUUUGUGUCUCUUUGUAGUUGUUUUGUGCCUCUGGAGUUGUUUUGUGUCUCUGUAGUUGUUUUGUGCCUCUUUGUAGUUGUUUUGUGUCUCUGUAGUUGUUUUGUGUCUCUUUGUAGUUGUGUUGUGUCUCUCUGUAGUUGUUUUGUGCCUCUUUGUAGUUGUGUUGUGUCUCUCUGUAGUUGUUUUGUGUCUCUCUGUAGUUGUUUUGUGUCUCUUUGUUGUUGUUUUGUGUCUCUUUGUCAUUGUGUUGUGUCUUUCUGUAGUUGUUUUGUGUCUCUCUGUAGUUGUUUUGUGUCUCUUUGUAGUAGUUGUGUCUCUCUGUAGUUGUUUUGUGUCUCUUUGUAGUUGUGUUGUGUCUCUUUGUAGUUGUUUUGUGCCUCUUUGUAAUCGUUUUGCAUCCCUUUGAAGUUAUUUUGCCUCUUUUUUAUAGUCAUUGUUCAUCUCUUUGUUGCAUCUUUCCAGCUGUUUUCCAUCUUUUUGUCUCUUUGAGUGACGUUUUGUAGGUGAAGGCCAGAGAGGCCAAUAGAGUAAUCCAUCCAUGACAGGAAUUCUUAGAAUGCAGAGGAAAACAAAUACCCAGUUGUUUCUAUGGAUAUGUGAAGUAACUAAAUCAAGUCAACAAAUAAAGAUUCAAUAAAUGGA